ACAGCAACUGACGGUCACUUCCUGCUGACCGGCGCCUACGACAACACGGCGAAGGUGUGGACUCACCCCGGGUGGAUGCCGCUAAAGACGCUGGCUGGGCACGAGGGGAAGGUGAUGGCCGUGGACAUGUCGCCCGACGGGAAGCUGAUCGCCACCAGCUCCUACGACCGAACCUUCAAACUCUGGAUGUCUGAGUGAUGUCAGCAGUGAAAUGUGCUGGUUUUUCAGUGUUUUGUUUUCUUCUAAUAAAGAUUUUGAAACUUU